AUGCAUACCUACAGGAAAGAUACGUCGCUGCUGCAGGCGGUCGCUGCGGUCACCGCAGUCAGCGGCUGGAUGAUCGCCAGAUGUAGCGCCUCAAUUGAGAACCCAGGCCUGCUGCCAACACCGCCCAUGGGAUUCAACGACUGGUCGCGCUUCGAGUGCGAUAUCAACGAGACCAUCUUCACUCAAACGGCUGAUUCUAUGGUCUCCACAGGACUGCAUGCUGCCGGCUACAAUCGUAUUAAUCUCGAUGACUGCUGGAUGGCAGACUCCCGCACAGAACACAACACCUUGACCUGGAACACAACAACAUUUCCUCACGGACUACCCUGGCUGGGACAGUACUUGAAAGAGCGUGGUUUUUACUUUGGCAUCUACGAAGAUGCGGGGAAUGUCACCUGCGGCGGCGGCCCUGGAUCAUAUAGUUACGAAGCUAUUGAUGCAGAGACAUUUGCGUCCUGGGGAAUCGACUAUCUAAAAGUCGAUGGUUGUAAUGUAUCCCCGGCAACCGAAGCCGAAUAUCAAAAGCGGUAUUCGACCUGGCAUGAAGUCUUCACCAACAUGUCUGCGCCACUGAUCUUCUCGCAGUCGGCACCUGCUUACUUUUCAAAAUGGAUCACCGGAUCCGAUAAUUUGACCGAUUGGUACACAACCAUGGAUUACAUGCCAUACAAUGGAGAACUAGCAAGACACUCAUCUGACAUUAUAGUGUAUGCUUUGAAUGCGACCUCGUGGGAUGGCGUUACGAGUCCAUGGGGAAGCAUCAUGCAAAACUACAACUAUGAGAUCCUACUUGCACGUUAUCAGGUUCCUGGAUAUUACAAUGACCCAGAUUUUCUGAUUGCGGAUCACCCUGGCCUUUCUCUGGACGAAAAGAAGUCUCAGUUCGCUCUUUGGUCGUCUUUUUCCGCGCCCCUUAUCAUUAGCGCCUGGAUUCCAGAGCUGCCAGAGGAUGUACUUUCGUAUUUGAAAAAUGCUGAUUUGAUUGCGGUCGAUCAAGAUAAAUUAGCUCAGCAAGCAACCUUAGUCAGCCGUGACGGGACAUUCGAUGUGUUUACGAAAAGCCUGGAUAACGGCGAUCGCCUGCUAACGGUACUUAACUUGGGUAAUGACACAGCUAGUACAGCAGUUAGCGUACCUCGCUUGGGGUUGGUCGAGGAAGUCCUGGGUAUCAAGAUUGAAUACACCGCAAAAGAUCUCUGGACUGGCAAGACUUCUGUAUUCAGAGACAGCCUAGAGAUUAAAGAUUUAGCUACCCACGCUACCGCAGUCUAUCGAAUCUCCCUAUCGACGGUACUAGCUGAUCUUGUUACUCCAACUGGCCUCAUCUUCAACGACGCUUCAUCCAAUUGUCUCACUGCCACGAGCUCAAAUGGAAAGACCGGCCAAAUUGCUUUCAACACUUGUUCUGGCACAGAUGAGCAGGUGUGGCAUAUUCGACCACUCGUGGGAACCAUCAGCCCCCUUUCUGACACCAGUCUCUGUCUCACAGCGAGUGGCAAACAGGCAAAGCUGGAGCCGUGUGCACUCAUUCCUGUCGAUCUGGCUCAGCAGUGGGAUUAUUCAGUCCAUGGUUACUUGACGAACAGACUGAACAAGCAAUGCGUAACCGAGUCCACUCAAUCAACCUUGUCCGCAUGUCAGUACGAGAUUGAUAGCCAAGUGUGGGCGCUUCCUGUAGGCGUCAAGGUAAACUGGUAA